AGCUUAUUUUAAAAAAUACUUCGUAAUGAUGUCUUUUUUCUCUUGCAAAAUAAGUUGUAUCUCACCAACAACAAUUCUUGUUUUAACUACUUUUGUCAUGUUACUUGGUAUUGCUGUAUGUAGUCCUCCUGAAGAUCCGAUUAAAUGCUCGAACAAUCGCUCCGAUUGCACCAUUACUAACUCUUAUGGAGCUUUCCCUGAUCGUACCACUUGUCGAGUGGCUGAAGUCGUGUAUCCGGCCUCUGAGGAUGAGCUCAUUGCGGCCGUGGCUGCUGCAACCAAGAACAACAGGAAGGUUAAGGUAGCAACACGUUACUCGCACAGCAUACCAAAAUUGGUAUGCCCAGACGGUGAAGACGGACUUCUCAUAAGCACAAAGAACCUCAACAAAAUACGUAAAGUCGACACGAUGACCGGAACGAUGACUGUGGACAGUGGGGUGACUCUCCGGCAGCUGAUCAAUGAGUCGGCGAAAGCGGGGCUAGCACUGCCCUAUGCACCUUAUUGGUGGGGGCUUACCAUAGGAGGUAUGAUGGCCACUGCUGCACAUGGGAGCUCAUUGUGGGGCAAAGGCAGUGCAAUACAUGACCAUGUUGUUGGCCUAAAAAUGAUUAGUCCUGGUCAUUUCGAAGACGGGUACGUUAAGGUUCGAACCCUGAAUGAGACUGAUGUUGAUUUUGAUGCUGCUAAAGUCUCCCUUGGGGUUCUUGGAGUUAUUUCACAGGUGACCUUCCAAGUACAACCUAUAUUCAAGAGGUCCAUCACCUACACGAUGAAGAAUGAUUCUGACUUGGGGGACCAAGCCCUAACCUUUGGCAAUCAACACGAGUUUGCUGAUCUAACAUGGUAUCCGAGCCAAAGAAGGGUCUUGUAUCGUACUGAUGAUCGUGUUCCCCUCACUACUAAAGGCGAUGCUCUCAAUGACUUCACUGGAUUUCGCCCAACACUUUCAUCUGCAUUAGCGGUCAUUCGGUCCUUAGAGGAGAAUCAAGAAUCAAGAGCAGAUGCUGAAGGCAAAUGUGUUGCUGCAAUAUUAACAACAUCGUUACUCCGGAUAAAUGCAUUUGGAUUAACAAACAAUGGAAUCGUCUUUACUGGCUACCCGGUGGUGGGAUACCAAAACCGACUCCAAUCGUCGGGAACAUGCCUAGACAGCCUAAACGACGCGCUUAUCACAGCAUGCCCAUGGGACUCAAGAGUUAAGGGGGAGUUCUUCCACCAAACCACAUUUACUAUUGGUAUGUCUAAAGUAAAAGCCUUCAUACAAGAUGUCCAAAGAUUGGUAUCUCUAGAACCUAAAUCCUUUUGCGGAACUGAGGAAUACAACGGUAUCUUAAUGAGGUACGUCAAGGCCUCAACCGCUUACCUUGGGAAGGAAGAAGAUGGCAUAGAUUUUGACAUGACCUAUUAUCGAAGCAAGGAUCCACUUGCCCCACGACUCUUCGAAGAUAUACUUGAAGAGCUUGAACAAAUGGCGAUGUUUAAGUAUGGAGGAUUGCCACAUUGGGGGAAGAAUCGGAACUUGGCAUUUGAAGGCGUGAUCAAGAAGUAUAAGAAUGGAGGCAAGUUUAUAAGAGUUAAAGAGAGGUUUGAUCCACAAGGAUUGUUUUCGAGUGAGUGGACUAACCAAGUUCUUGGGCUAAAAGAAGGGUUAAGUAUUGUUAAAGAAGGAUGUGCUCUUGAAGGUUUAUGCAUUUGCUCUCAAGAUAGUCAUUGUGCCCCUAACAAAGGAUACUAUUGUCAACCUGGAAGAAUUUACAAGGAUGCAAGGGUUUGUAGUAGUAGAAAAGAAAUCUUAACUUGAUAACUUUGGUAAAAUCAUAGUGUAUGGUAUACAAAAGAUUGAUACAAUUCUAUUCAAUCCCUUUUUUAUCAUCAAUUUUUAGCUGGCCUGUAUUUAUGUUACAUUAGCCUGGUAGAUGAGGAUGUGUAAGAAGUGACUUCUAAAGUAUUAAGCACCAAAAUCUAGAAGCUUGAUUAGGCCAAAGCUCAACUAUCAUUAUUGUCUGUCUUUCUUUCGCAUUAAGAGCUAUCUUUUUUAUGUCAAUAUCAUGUAUCUAACUUUCGCAUAUUUGUUUAAAGCACAUUUUUUUUAGUGAUAAAAUUAAAUUUAUCUUCUUCUCCAUGAAAUACUCUAAGAGUACAGUCUAAGUUGCCAAAUUUCAAUUCCAUUUAAUUGUUUUGUGGCAGAUAUUUAUAACUUUUAAGUUACUAGGGUGGCUAAUUAACGUGCGCGGUUAGUUAUGUCCGGGAAGCUUUUUUGGUUUGGCCUAAUGUCACAAUUUUAGUGUUGACGGCAAUAAUGAGGGAAAAUAUGUAAACAAUUAUUUUUAGACACUUUUCUUAAGAGUUGAAAAAAAAAAGCGUUUAACAUUAGCGAGGACAAAUAAGUAAAUAAUUAUUUUAGAGGGUAUAUAAUAGGUACUAGGGAUUAACAUAUCUUUAAUAGGGAAUAAGAGAGUGAGGGAUAGCUCAAGUGGUUAGAGUUCUCCUCCCGUUUUCAGGUGAUUCUGAGAUCGAUUCUCA